GCAACUACGAGCUGCAAUGGAGUUUCUGACUUUUCUCUUCGUGUUCCAGUUUCUAACCAUAUUUUCAAGCCUGUCUUCUAUGUGAUCCCAAUACGAAUACGUAAACUUUUCUCUUGAUAGUAACAAAGUGUUUCAAUUUCUGUAAAACUAAGAUGCGUUGUUUGCAACAAAUGUUUCUUCAUUAUCUCCUGUUCCUCCUCAAGGAGGUGAUGCGACGAGGUCAACAUGUCGAGGCAGUACUUGUACCCCCGUCCGGACAAGAUGGCGGCCCAUUUGCUGGUGGAGGCAGGAGAUGGCCUCACGAAGUGACACACGCCUCGGCAUUGGGUGAAGAAGAUCUCGAAUUUGGGUUAUUCAGCGAAAUGGGAAACGAAAAUCGACAUGGACAUGAAGGAGAUCGACAUCAAGGUCAAUUGAGUCAAUUACUAGAUUUAAUACAUAUCCCAGAUGCAGAAGGAAAUUCUCCAGGGAAGGGAGCUUCGCAAGAAGACCCGGAAUGGAGGCAACUGCGAGGAACCAUUUUCGAGUUGUAUAAUGCUUUGAAGGAGGAUUUUUCAUCAGCGGCUAACCACAAGGAAGACAAAGGACGUGGACCAGAGCAGUGCCCUAUCUGUCAAUGCGACCUUCUGAUACCUCCACGAGGCAGCACAACUACAACUUCUCCUUCCUCUGCGAGUUGCGGCACUAGUAGUUGCGACAACUAUUUUUGUACCCC